AAAAUGUCGACGAUGGAGGAGAGUCGUUCAUCCUCUUCAACACCAUCCCCUGCCAAUGGAGACGAUAGUUCGGAACGGCUAAAAUUAAUUAAUGAGUUAGGAGAAUGCGAAGAUCAACGCAUAGACGAAAAGACGAGAACGUUUUCACCAGAGCAAGUGGCAUGCGUCUGUGAAGCACUUACGCAAUCCAAAAAAAUCGACCGUCUCAAUGCUUUUCUCUGGUCUUUACCGCCAAAUGAAUUACUAAGAGGUUCCGAAGCGGUUUUGAAAGCCCGUGCAACGGUUGCCUUCCAUCGUGGUAAAUUUCCCGAGUUGUAUGCUAUUUUAGAGAAUCAUCAAUUUGACGCUUCAAACCACACUGUCCUUCAAGACAUGUGGUACAAAGCCCACUACAUGGAAGCGCAAAAGAUCAGGGGUCGGCCGCUGGGAGCGGUUGAUAAGUAUCGUCUUAGACGUAAGUACCCCCUACCGAAGACAAUAUGGGAUGGAGAGGAGACUGUCUAUUGUUUUAAAGAAAAAUCGAGACAACUCCUCAAGGACAGCUAUCAGACAAACCGUUACCCAACUCCAGACGAAAAGAGAGGCUUGGCAAAGAAGACGGGUCUUACUUUAACGCAGGUAUCAAACUGGUUCAAAAAUCGUCGCCAAAGGGAUCGACCAUCGCCGCAACCUCAUCUCCCGUCCGCUCACUGCCGUUACGCUCAAUCUAUUGAAUCGUCGACGGCAAACGGGAACGUGGAAGAGUACAACAACUACGCUCAAUCGUUAUGCCACCAGGUUUCUAACCCGAAUCCGUGCCACGUCUUCGCCGACGCCAAAUAUCAUCCGAAUCUUGUGAACAAACUUUUCGAAGACGCUCACUUAAACAUGACGCUGAACCUGGUAAAGAAUGAGCAUCAUCUGCCUUACCAUCCAACUCACCAUCCUCAUUACGAACAAGAACGCCAUCACGUACUAGAACAGGUUGGGCCUAAUCCUAUCUAACAUUCAUUCAUAAUAAUAUUUCCCAAGGAGUUGUUGGGGGUGGGAGGGUCCUGAAACGAAAUCAGUUUCCUAAAAAAACAGACAUUUUUAGUGUACGUGAAUAGAAAAAUAAUAAUCUCUAUAUAGAAGAUUCUUUUGAAAAAAAUAGAGAAAAGAGAGAAGUUUUUUUUUCGUCUGCUGACAAAUUGCUGACACGUUCCGUAAACUCGCCUCCGUUAAUGUUUUUCAAUUUCCAACGACUUUCGCAAGGCUUAGCGCCCUGUCAAAAUUCGUGUUCGUGUCUUUUGGAUCGGGUUUAAGUCAUGAGAACGGCGUUCAGCGCAUGCGUAUUAUACAGUUUUUUUUUUUUUAUUAUUUUAAAUAUCCUUAUUGGAUUUGUAAAUUUCUAUUGAAUAUAUAUAUAUAUAUAUAUAUAUAUAUAUACUAUAAAUUUUAAAUAUUCUCAAUGUUUAUGUUGAUAUGGUGUUUCCUUUUAGGUAUUUUUUACGUUAUGUU